CCCACCACCCCACUAAUAAGACGCUCUACGGUUGCGUGUCAAUACCUUGGCAAGAAAUAAUGAAGCCCACUAACAGAGUUAAAGAGGACGCCAGAACCUCUCCUAGGAGUCCCAUCCGAGGUGCAAUCGCAAGACCUGUCCCCUCUCACGCGUUUCCCGUUCACCAUGACUGACCAGGCCAAACUCGAGAGUGCGGGAGAGACUGCGCGGGAGACUGUGACUGGCGAUAAUAAUCCCGGGACUUCGCCUGAGAGAACCCCAGACACAGCAGCUGUGGACAACCAUGAGCAGUCUAAUCCAGCAACUACAACGGGCAUCCUCGGUCCUCAACACUGGGCACAGAUCGCAGAAGAGAAUCCAUUUGACGACAACGACGCUGACUCUGCCUUGGGAGACGAUGCGGCAAGCUCGACUGCCUCAAUCACCUCUACCAUUCUCAAUUAUAGGACAAUCCACGGCAGGACUUAUCACAGCGACAGGGGCAAUGCCCAAUACUGGGCCUCUAAUGACGGGCCGCAAAACGAGGCAAUGGAUAUCAUCCAUCAUUCCUUAACGCUCUCAACAGACGGCAAGCUUCAUUUGGCGCCAUUGAAGAAAGAUAUCAAGAAUGCAAUCGACAUUGGAACUGGGACAGGAAUCUGGGCUAUCGACUUUGCCGACGAGUACCCCAAUACUACAGUAAUUGGUACUGACAUAUCGCCCAUUCAACCAAGCUGGGUGCCGCCAAACCUAACGUUUGAGAUCGAAGACUGCACAAUGCCCUGGACCUUCAGGCCAGAGACAGCCGACUACAUCCACAUGCGGUGGCUUGUUGGUAGUGUGGCAGACUGGACUGCCCUCUUUAAAGAGGCCUACAAGACCCUCGAGCCCGGCGGCUACCUUGAGAGCUGCGAGGCGUCAUGCUAUAUGGAGAGCGAUGACGGCACUGUUGAUGAAAAGAGUGCUAUGAACCAGUGGGGCAAGUUCUUCGUCGAGGGGGGCAUCAAGCUGGGCCGGACCUUUCUUGUUGUCGAGGAGGGCGUUCAGAGGCAGGCUAUGGAGGAAGCUGGCUUUGUCGACAUUGAGGAGUGGAACUUCAAGAACCCUAUUGGCGGCUGGUCCAAGGACCCCAAGCUGAAGGAGAUGGGGCGGUAUGUACAGGCUGCCCUCGAGCAGGACAUUGAGGGCCGAGUUCUUUUCAUGGCGAGCGUCAUGGUGGGUUGGUCGAAGGAGGAGCUCCAGGUCUAUGCGGCCCAGCUGCGACGGGAGAUGCGUUCGGGCAAGAAACAUGCUUACUAUCGACAAAAAGCUGUGUGGGGUAGGAAGCCAGAAUAG